AUGGACGGCUCCUAUCCUGAAGGUGCACACGCCGAGGUCUGCGGGAAGAGGCAGCAGUUCGGGAACCGGUUUCUGAGCGACCCGGCGCGCGUCUUCCACCACAAUGCCUGGGACAGUGUGGAGUGGUCGGAAGAGCAGGCCGCGGCGGCGGAGAGGAAAGUCCAGGAGAACAGUACCCAGCGGGUGUGCCAGGAGAAGCAAGUUGAUUAUGAGAUCAAUGCCAACAAAUAUUGGAAUGACUUCUACAAAAUCCACGAAAAUGGGUUUUUCAAGGAUAGACAUUGGCUUUUUACUGAAUUCCCAGAGCUGGCACCUAGCCAAAACCAAAAUGACUUGAAGGAUUUGCUCUCAGAGAACAAGGGGAGUGAAGUACCUGCAUGUAGAAGCAGUGAGGAUGGAUCUGGUUUAAUAAUAGAAGAACAGCACAGUUGUUCUUCAGUCAGCCUUGGACAUAAAACACAGCCACCUCCUAUGGAAGAGAAUGUAACUCAGAAACUCCGUCACCUGGAAAUCUGUGCUGAUGAGUUUCCUGGAUCCUCAGCCACCUACCGAAUACUGGAGGUUGGUUGUGGUGUGGGAAACACAGUCUUUCCAAUUUUACAAACUAACAAUGACCCAAGACUCUUUGUUUACUGUUGUGAUUUUUCUUCUACAGCUGUAGAACUGGUCCAGACAAAUUCAGCAUAUGAUCCUUCUCGGUGUUUUGCCUUUGUUCACGACCUGUGUGAUGAAGAUAAGAGUUACCCAGUGCCCGGGGAUAGUCUUGAUGUCAUCAUCCUCAUAUUUGUUCUCUCAGCAAUCAUUCCAGACAAGAUGCAAAAGGCUAUCAACAGGCUAAGCAGGCUUCUGAAGCCUGGAGGGAUGAUGCUUCUGCGAGAUUAUGGCCGCUAUGACAUGGCUCAGCUUCGGUUUAAAAAAGGUCAGUGUCUGUCUGAAAAUUUCUAUGUGAGAGGCGAUGGCACCAGAGUGUACUUCUUCACACAAGAUGAACUGGACACACUUUUCACUACUGCUGGACUGGAAAAGGUUCAGAACCUGGUGGAUCGCCGGUUGCAAGUGAAUCGAGGGAAACAACUGACAAUGUACCGAGUUUGGAUUCAGUGCAAAUAUCGUAAGCCUCUUCUGUCCAACACCAGCUGAGAGGCACCUGCUCCUGACAGGCGAGGUCAUUGGGGCUUUUUAAAAAGAACGUCCACAAAUGGUGUCUUGUAGAUAUUAAACCAUGCAAGGGUUCCAACAGAUUUGAACCUAGGAAGAAUUAUUUUAUAUCAAGAUUCUAACCAUUUUUUAUAAAGCAGAAACUAACACACCAUUGUAAAGCAAUUAUACUCCAAUAAAGAUGUUUUAAA